AUGGCGAAAAUUAGAGUGUCAUAUGUAUUGGUGGCUCUAUUUGUAGUUCUCAUUUCCAUGGAAGCCUCCAUUGUUUUUGGACAAGGCAAUGGAAAUGCAAAUGGCAAUGGAAACGAAGGGAGUGGCAACGGAAAUGUGAAUGGAAAUGGCAACAAAGGCAGUGGCAAUGGUAAUGCAAAUGGAAAUGGCAACACCGGCAGUGGCAAUGGAAACGCAAAUGGAAAUGGCAAUACCGGCAGUGGCAAUGGAAAUGCAAAUGGCAAUGGCAACACCGGUAGUGGAAAUGGCAGCGGGAACAGGAGUGGCAACACCGGCAGUGGCAACGGUAACGGUAAUGGCAACGGCAACACUGGCAGUGGCAAUGGUAACGGUAAUGGAAAUGGCAAUGUCAAUGUGAACAGUAAGGAUAUUACAAACUACGACGUAUUGCCACCACUAUCAUCGGGACAAGAGCAAUGUCAAUGCAAAGCAUAUACGGCCUGUUAUUACAAGACCCUUGUGUGUCCAGCAGAAUGCCCUCACAGAAAGCCCAAGAAAAACAAGAAACAAAAGGGUUGUUUCGUUAACUGCAGCAACAAGUGUGAAGUCACUUGCAAGUAUAGGAAAGCCAACUGCAAUGGAUAUGGAUCUCUCUGCUAUGAUCCAAGGUUUGUUGGUGGAGAUGGUGUCAUGUUCUACUUCCAUGGAGCCAAGGGAGGAAACUUUGCCAUUGUUUCGGACGAAAACCUCCAAAUCAAUGCACACUUCAUCGGGACUCGACCAGUUGGAAGAACUCGGGAUUUCACAUGGGUUCAAGCCCUCUCAAUCAUGUUUGACACACACACUCUUGUCAUUGCUGCAAAGAGGGUCUCAAAGUGGGAUGACAAAGUUGAUGCUCUCAUGGUAAGAUGGGAUGGUGAGGACAUUAACAUCCCUACCGAUGGAGAAGCCGAAUGGAGGACCAAGGGUGAAGAUAGGGAAGUCAUCAUCGAAAGAACCGACGACACGAAUAAUUUAAGAGUCACUGUGACAGGGCUAGCAGAAAUGGACAUAAAGGUUAGGCCUAUUGGAGAAGAGGAAAAUAGGGUUCACAAGUACCAAAUUCCAGCUGAUGAUACUUUUGCUCACUUGGAAACACAGUUCAGAUUUUCCAAUUUAUCUGAUCUUGUGGAAGGAGUUUUGGGAAAGACAUACAGGCCAGGCUAUGUUAGUCCAGUCAAGGUUGGAGUUCCAAUGCCCAUGAUGGGUGGAGAGGACAAGUACCAAACUCCAUCCCUCUUUUCAACUCUCUGCAAGGUUUGCAGGUUCCAAACUGCUACUCAAUCUGAUCAGUUUGCAAUCACUAGUGGAGGAGUUGCUCAGUUCUGA